UGUUGUCGUCGUUGUCGUAUGCGGAUAGCGAAAUUAAGAAAUAUUGCGAAUGAUAUUCCACACUGUCUACGCCGUACAUUACACUGCAGUGUUAAUAAAAUCAGCAAUCUAUAAACACGUACUUUUUUUUCGUUUGCAUGCAUUUCAAUUAAAAUUUCCAUUGUUUCUGGUAAACAUUGUGCGCUACUGUAUACUGUUUGUAUGUUAUGUUUAUUUCAAAUCCUUUGGUAACAUAAGAACCAACUAUAUUUGGAAGAGAAAAAAAAGCAACAACAACGAAACGUUUUGUUGAAAGUAAACAAAACAAAAACAUUAUUCAAGUGAAACAUUUAACUAGAACAGCUGUUGAUUCACAUGAACAAAAAAAAACAAUUCUUUGUUCGAAAAUUCGCAGUUCAAGCCAAGAAUAUAUAUUUGCGUGCAAUUUUUCCUUUCAACCGUUCUUGGUGCGUUUCUGUAUCAAGUGUUGUCAUAAAGUGAACACUUCGCAACAAGAAAAUUGAUUUUUGUCAGUCGACUUUUGGAAAUCUGAGUUGGUAAAAAAGGAAUAAUAAAAUCAGAGUAAUGACAAGUAAAAUUCGCCAUCCGAUUUUUUCCUUCGACAUGGACAUGGACGUGGAUGAAACACCGAAAAAAAUGAAAGCAGGUAAUGAGUCGCCUGGUGUAUCGAUAACGGGCCAAGAAAUAGAUGGCGAUCCGUUACCAAAUGAAAUUUCGGCUCCAUAUGAGGUCCCACAAUUUCCAAUCGAACAAAUUGAAAAGAAGCUGCAGAUACAACGUCAUUUGAACGUGAAAGCAUUGGAAGAUAGGCAAUCAACGCUAGCAGUGGGAGAUACAGCUCACACUAGCGAUGACAUCCAAUUGGAUGAACAUGAAUUUGUGCCACAUUUUCAGCGUGUGUCAAUAUCCGGUGAAGAUACGAGCGGUGUUCCGUUGGAGGAUUUGGAGCAUGCAUCUAGUUUGUUAAUUCAAGCGCUCGAAAUUCGCGAGCGUUACAUGAGUCUAUCGAUGCAAUCGUUUCCACAGACCACGGAACGUUUUCUACGAACAUUUCACAAUAAAACCAUGUCCGACAUUGUGGAGUACGAGGACAAACGAACAACAGCUGAUCAUUCAGUUCAUGCACCAUCAAACACAAAUGAUCCGUGGUCUGUUGAUUUUCCGGAGAGUCCUGGAUAUCACAUCAAGGCCGAAGGCGGUGUUUUCAAUUUGUUCCGAGACGCUGAACAUAAAGAUAAAGUCAACUAUCAGUAUCUUAAGUUGGAGGAUUUCGUGCAAGACAUGAACACCAUUUGCGCUAUGAUGGCCGAUGGACCACUGAAAUCAUUCUGCUAUCGCCGUUUGAGUUAUCUGAACUCGAAAUUUCAACUGCACGUACUAUUGAACGAGCUCAGAGAAUUGGCCUCUCAAAAAGCUGUACCACACAGGGAUUUUUAUAAUAUACGCAAAGUCGAUACGCAUAUUCACGCUGCUUCCUGUAUGAACCAGAAACAUUUGCUACGCUUUAUUAAGAAAACGCUUAAAAAUAAUGCCGAUGAAGUAGUGACUGUGACCAAGGGAAAGGCAAUGACAUUAUCUGAUGUCUUUCAAUCGAUGAAUUUAACCACAUAUGAUCUAACUGUUGAUAUGCUUGAUGUGCAUGCGGACCGAAAUACUUUCCAUCGUUUCGACAAGUUCAAUGCCAAAUAUAAUCCGAUUGGAGAGUCGAGAUUGCGUGAGGUGUUCCUGAAGACGGACAAUUAUCUCAAUGGCAAAUACUUUGCACAAAUCAUUAAGGAAGUGGCAGCUGAUUUCGAAGAAUCCAAGUAUCAAAAUGCUGAGCUUCGUCUAUCAAUUUAUGGCAAAUCACGUGAAGAAUGGCCUAAGCUAGCUAAGUGGGCCAUUGACGGGAAUGUUUAUUCGGAUAAUAUUCGUUGGCUUAUUCAAAUUCCACGUUUAUAUGAUAUCUUCAAAACAAACCACAUUGUGACAUCGUUUCAAGAAAUUUUGGACAAUAUCUUCUUACCAUUAUUCGAAGCAACUAAUGAACCGGAGAAGCAUCCAGACCUCCAUCGUUUCUUGCAAUAUGUCAUUGGUUUCGAUAGUGUUGACGACGAAUCAAAACCCGAAAAUCCUUUGUUUGACCGUGAUGUCUCGGCACCAGAAGAAUGGACCGACGAAGAUAAUCCACCCUACGCCUACUAUAUUUACUAUAUGUACGCGAAUAUGACGGUGUUAAAUCAAUUCAGAAAGGAGCGUGGUAUGAAUACAUUCGUUUUGCGGCCUCAUUGCGGGGAAGCCGGUCCAGUUCAGCAUUUGGUAUGUGGAUUUUUGAUGUCAGAGAACAUUUCGCACGGUUUAUUGUUGCGCAAAGUGCCUGUGCUGCAAUAUCUGUACUAUUUGGCCCAAAUUGGUAUCGCAAUGUCACCGCUAUCCAAUAAUUCGCUGUUCUUGAACUAUCAUCGCAAUCCUUUACCGGAGUAUUUGGCUCGUGGUCUCAUCAUAUCACUCAGUACUGAUGAUCCACUGCAGUUCCAUUUCACAAAAGAACCGUUGAUGGAAGAAUACAGUAUUGCGGCACAGGUUUGGAAACUUAGCUCAUGCGACAUGUCUGAACUAGCUAGGAACAGUGUUUUGAUGAGUGGCUUCUCACAUAAGGUGAAACAUCAUUGGCUUGGUCCUAAUUACACUCGAGAAGGUGUUGCUGGCAACGAUAUCACACGCACCAACGUGCCUGAUAUUCGCGUUAGUUAUCGCUACGAGACACUCAUCGAUGAGCUGACAAAUAUAUUCAGCAAAUAUCUCAUCAAAUGAAAAAAAUGUUACAAACGAGUGCGCCCAAAUGCAGGAAACUAUAAUUUGUUCUAAAAUCAAAUCUCAGAAUUGUUUAAUGUAUUUUAAUUUAUAACGAAACGAAUAAAUAUAUAUAUUCGUAAUAA